CUUGUAAUGGAAAAAAUCACUUUUCUGGUGCAAGGAAGUGUCUAGGUUUGGAAUCAGGGAAAUCAUCGUCGCGACCCAGUUCCCAGACUGAGAGGCACAAAGGUCGUCGCAAAGGUGGUCGUCGUAGAACUGUACAUCAAAUAUCGGAUGAUUCGUCAAGUUGUAGUGAAAAAGAAUUCUUCAUAAAUACCAUAAACAUUCGUGAUGAUGCCAACAACAAACAAUCUGAUAUUCCACAGAGUGAUAAUCCACAUAGUGAUAUUAUACAGAGUGAUACUGAUAAUCCACAUAGUGAUAUACAGAGUGAUAAUCCACAUGGUAGAAUACAGGCCAUAAUAAUGCCUGAUAGUGAUGUUCCUGAUAAUGACUCAGUUCCAGAUAUGAUGCAGGCCAUAAUAAUCCUGAUAGUGAUGUUCAUGAUAGUGAUUCAGUUCCAAAUAUGA